AUGGCGUUGGAAGAGAAGGAAGAUGGGGCUAAGAAGUGCGCAGACAAAAUGAAAACGGAGCCGGAGGAAGACGGGUCGUCGGCCCACACCUGCGGGGUCUGUGGCCGCAGCUUUCCCCUCCUCAGCUCCCUGUCUCAGCACAUGCGACGCCACACGCGGGAAAAGCCAUACAAAUGUCCUUAUUGCGAGCAUCGGACUGCACAGAAAGGCAGCCUAAAAGCACACGUACGAAGCCAUAAACUGGGACUGCUGGCCCAAAGUUCCAGCGACAAAGAGGGGGACUUGGAUCAGGAAGGGGCGAAGGACAAUGCCGCCGAGUCACCCGAGCCAAGCGAAACGGACAAGACGGUGGGCGACAAGAAACACAACGUCAACGGCAAGGUGAAGAAGAAAACCGCUAAGAAGAAGGUCAAAGCUCAGGAAGUGGAUGGAGACGAUUCAGGGCCGUUCACGUGCAUCAUUUGUAGCCAAGUGUUCCCUCAGGUCUUACUCCUCAAGACACACAUGAAAAAACACAGCAACGUCCAGGACCACGGGUGCAAGAUCUGCGGACGGCGAUUUCGUCAAGCCUGGUUCCUCCAAAGCCACAUGCGCAUACAUAAAGUCAAAGCACAGAUGAAGAGCGGUAAAGACUGUGAUCUGCCGGCCACCAUCAACGGCGUGCCCCAGAACCCGGUGUCGCUGAUAUACGACGAGUGCCUGUACGAGCUUUGUGCCAGCUGCGGGAACUUUUUCCACGAUUUAAAGACAUUGCAAGAACACGAAAAGCUGCACAGGGGGAAUCACACUCGCAAUCACAUACAAAGCACGCCACAAGACGAUAAAGAGGGCUCUGAUAAGGACACGGUCAAAAGGCAGUUUAUGAAAAGCCUGAAUCUUACUUCUGCAGGGGAAAAAGAGAACACGGAUAAAACUUGUAAUAGCAAAAGAAUUUUAGAGCUGGAUCCAGUUUGUAGCUAUCAGGCGUGGCAGCUGGCCACAAGGGGGCGCCUGGCAGAGGUUACGGAGAAAGGUCUGGGAUGGGAGGAGAGGCUGGCGGACGCUGAAGUGGCAUACGACAUGGAGAAGGGAGAAUAUAUUCCGCUGAAACAAGAAAAAAAGAGGAAGCAAACGGACAACUCCUCGUCUAGUGUUAAAAAGAAGAAGACGGAGACAGGCCUCUGCAGCGGUAAAACUCUGGACAAGCGGAUCUGCCAGGACCGCAUCCUGCUCAACGGGCUGGGCCAUGCUUUUUAUGAAGCUCUGCAGGCCAAGAAAGUCAAGGACACUCCCAGCUCAGCUAAAGCCAGCGUCAAGAGCCAAGAGAGAGAAGAUAAACAGCCCGUCUUUUGUGAACACUGUGAUUUCCACACUGUAGACGCAUCACUGCUCAAGUCCCACCUGAUGAAGACGCAUCAGGACUUCCUGGCUCAGAAACAGACUUCCUCCAAAUCCUCCAGGUAUAUGGACUACCUCAAGUCGAGAAGCGCACUGCUCAGUCAAACCUACUGGAACCCUUACACCUACACUCCUGUCCCGGGGACUUCAGAGACACACAACAUCAAAACUGAAAAGCUAGAAUCCUCCGAGGUCAAAGGAGAUCCCGGCACACUCCUUAAUCUGUGCGCUGUCGAGGGCGCAGAUGUCGCUGCCGUCAAACCCGAGGGUCUGGUUAGAAAUCAGUGUCCGUACUGCUCCCACACAUCCAACUAUCCCGAAGUACUGUGGAUCCACCAGCGUGUGGCGCACAGAGUGGACGGCGCCAGCUCUAUGGCUCCCAAAUGGGCCCCUAGUCCAAUCACUUUUAAGAGCGUAAAAACAGGCUCCGCCCCCUGGAGACGUACAGGAGCUCCGCCUUUCCUCGAGGGUAAAGACUGUCCCACUUUACCCGCCCCACGAACUCAGCGGACGCAGCCUCCUCGCGCCAACGCAAACAGCAGCGGCCGAAGUAGCGCAAGCAGUAACAGUAGCACUAAGCACUCCAGCUCCAAAGGCCAAUCCGCAGCGCCAAAGUCCAAGAGCGGUCACGCGAAAGGCCCUCAUACUGUGGACGGGACAGGGAAGACCGGGCCUCAGAAGACCUCGGUAGUUGGAGGAAGUAAGGGGACCGCUUCGUCAGGUGCUGUAGGACCAAUCAAGAGUACAUCCAGUGCCCAGUCGAGUCCCAAACACAGAAGCCAUAGAGUCAAGGGCAAUUUACCACAAGAGGGCUUAGGUUUUAUGUUGGCCCGAAACCACCACAGUAGCACUUCCUCAAACUCAAAUAGGCUCCACCCCCAAAGACAGUCAUGUGACCCCAGCUCAGGUCUGAAAAGUCACGACGUGUGGGCAGCCUUGAACAUGUGGGGUCUGCACGGGAGCAAAGCCUACAUGGACCCGCUCCUAUUCGCUCAGGGAAAAGGUGAAUCCACGGGACAAAUGCCAAUGGAUAUAAAUAUUUUAAACCUCUUGAAAAACUACAGUCCACAUGAUCUGGCCGCUCUGUACCAGCACUGGGGCUUUGUCGACCCCCGACUCGAUCCACAAGCAAUGAUGCAGCUGAAUGAACGUUAUGCAAAUGAACUCCACUCGUCGUCUGAAAGUUCAAAACAGGUGAACAGUCAUUCGACGUCCUCAGGGUCUCUUCACAAAGGAACGUGA